AUGAGAGCCCAGGGGGCCAAAGGGCUCAAGGGAAGUACGGGUGUUGGUGCAUGCGUGGUGCCACCAGAGGGUGCGUCCAAUAAUGACUGGGGGAUCGCGGCGAGUAACAUGACCAAAAAGAAGCGGGAGAAUCUGGGCGUCGCUCUGGAGAUCGAUGGGCUGGAGGAGAAGCUGUCACAGUGUCGGAGAGACCUGGAGGCUGUGAACUCCAGGCUUUGUGGGGCAGAGCUGAGCCCAGAGGCCAGGAAGUCUCUGGAGAAGGAGAAAAACAGCCUGAUGAACAAAGCCUCCAACUACGAGAAGGAGCUAAAGUUGCUUCGACAGGAGAACCGGAAAAACAUGCUACUCUCUGUGGCCAUCUUCCUCCUCCUGACACUCUUCUACACCUACUGGACCAUGUGAGCCAGAGAUUUCACCAGUCAGCACAAGCUUCACCUUGGCCCCCUGGUCACUACUAGCCAGGCCCUUCAAGCCUCAAGACAACCAAGGCACAGGAGAAUUUCUCUCCAACCCAGAAGGGCUUCCUGUCGGUCCAGCCCCUCACCCCCUGGUCCUGCUGUGGGGCCUGGGUCUCCAGAAGGAUUGUGUGCUGGUUCCUCCCUCAGCCCAAGGGAAAGGCAAUAAAGAACAGCCAGGCUUCUCCCGUC